AUGGGGGCGUCCACUCGGCUGUUGUGCACGGUGAUCAUGGGAGCCCCCGGCUCCAGCAAGGACACCGUGUCGUCGCGCAUCAUCAAGCAUUUAGAGCUGAAGCACGUCUCCAGCGGGGACCUGCUGCGACAGAACAUGCUGCGAGGCACAGAAAUUGGUGUGCUAGCCAAGACCUUCAUUGAUCAAGGGAAGCUCAUUCCACAUGAUGUCAUGACUCGGCUGGCCCUUCAUGAGCUGAAAAAUCUCAUCGAGCACAGCUGGCUAUUGGAUGGUUUUCCAAGGACACGCCCACAGGCAGAAGCCCUGGACAGAGCUUAUCAGAUAGACACCGUGAUUAACCUGAAUGUGCCCUUUGAGGUCAUUAAGCAACGCCUUACUGCUCGCUGGAUUUACCCAACCAGUGGCCGUGUCUACAAGAUUGAGUUCAACUCUCCCAAAACUGUGGGCACUGAUGACCCGACCGGAGAGCCUUUCGUACAGCAUGAGGACGACAAGCCAGAGACUGCCAUCAAGAGACUGAAGGCAUACGAGGCUCAAACGGUGCUGGUCCUGCAAUAUUACUAG